AUGGAAGAGAGCGUUUUCUACAUUGCAGAGGGAGUUCCUUCUGACAAGCAGAAUGCUGCAUCGUUUGGAAUCGUCGCUUCCAGCAAGUCCUCCAAGCAACAUGCCCAGUUUCGCCAGUGCUACUCUAACAAGGCCGGUUUUGCCUUGACUGGGACAGGAUUUGGUCAUAGGCUUUUCACAUCAUGCAAAGACAAGGCUUUGGUUCACGUCUAUGUUUGGGGAAAAGAAAGUCCAGAGCAAAAAAUGCCGGUGCCGGAGGAGCUCAAAGCACUAGACGUGUGUCUCAAAGAUGGUAAGCCAUGGUUAUUAGCUGGAGGAGGAAAAUCCGGCAGGAUAUACCUAUGGGAGAUCAAUUCGGGGCUUUUGCUAUUGGCUAAAGAUGCACACUACCAGUCGGCAACGAAUCUGAAAUUUUCCUCAGAUGGAACGUUCUUGGUUUCUGGAGGAGCAGAUUCGCGGAUUCUCGUUUGGAAGACUUUAGAUCUUUUGUCAGGAUGCAUUGGUGGAGCUGACGAUUUUUCUGUUAAGCCCCAUUGUGUAUUUUCAGAUCACAGCUUGCCUAUAUCGGACGUGUUUUUGACCCAAGGUCUGGUGGAUGACAUCAAACUGUUCAGUGCCUCUACUGAUGCUACGGUGAGAUGCUACAAUCUUCAAUCCAAGACAUUGCUCACUACAUUUGUGGCGCCUUGGCCUGUGACCUCUAUAACUAUUGAUCCAGCUCAAAGGUGCUUUUAUGCCGGUUCUGCUGAGGGUUCAAUCAGGCAAAUCAGACUUUACCAGGCCAAUGCCGAGGGGAUACUGGCUGCUGUCGGAGGAGCUGGUAGAAUCGUGACUCUCACUCCUGAUCACGAAUUGCGUGAGACGUUCACCCACCAUGCAGGCGCAGAGGUCACAUGUCUAGAUCUCAGUAUAGAUGGGAUGAGUUUAGUGUCAGGUGAUGUUACCGGCAAGGCAUUCGUCUCAGAUAUAGUAACGAAGCAAGUGGUGAGAAGACUCAAGCCAUUGAAUUCGGCCAUAACUGGAGUAAAACUUUCGGUUGUCAACUAUGAAAAAUUGGACAAGGAUUCGCGUCUCAAUGCUGAUGUCAAACAGCUGAAGGCUCUUCCUGCUCUGAAACGGUCUUUAGUGGAAGAACGUGACGUUACGGAGAAACACGAUAUCUGGGUCAAGAUCGAAGGGCCCUCAUCAAAACAGCAGACUUUUGAUCUCGAGACUUUUCUGGAGAAAACUCGUCAACAGCAACAGAGGUUUGUUAAUUGGGGCAUGGUUAAUUCCACCGUUGUCCAGAGUCAACCAGAAUUAGUGACAGUCGAGAACGACUCUAAGAGGGUUCAAGAACUAGAGGCCCAGCUAAGGACAGUUACAGAGAACUACAAUGAUCUCAGAGACAUGCAUCAGAGUCUAUUGGAACAGCAUAAGCAGACGCUUAAAUAG